AGUUGUAUCGCCUCAAUUUAGCGUUUCUCCAGUUGUGAAAGCAAGAUCAUGAUUGCAUUGAAACUAUUGGCUGUUGUUGCUAUGGCCUUUGUGGCCGAAGCUUCUGACUUGGAUGCAGGUCUUAGAAUCAUGUCUUGUGCUAAAAGAGCUAUCACGAACGGAGUUCCAGAACUAGAUAUUCCAAGUCACAGUCCCGUUUAUAUCACCCGCAACUUUUCAUGGACUGGAGAUAUAGGAGUUGCAAGUGCCUCAUUCGAUUUCCACGAUUUCAUUUGGGAUGGUCUCCCGCAAUGGAAUUUGACUGCAACACAAUUAAACAAGGAUUCCGACCCUUAUGCAGUGUUUGACUUUGAUCUCUCCUGGAAAUGGAUGAACAUCUCUGGAUUGUUCAAUGUUACAAUCAAAGAAUUGUUCUUGGAACAGGACUUCAAUGGAAAUAUUCAAUUUGAAUGGACCAAUUCACAUUGGAAAGGAAGGAUCAACGUAACAAAACCAUAUUUCAACCUCACACAAGCCGUUAACGAUGCUCAAAUUAAAUGGACCGUAGAACAUCUUGAUACAAAAGUAGAAGGUCUUGGUAUUUUCAACCAGCCUGUUGAAGCAGUUUUGGGUACAGGUAUCAUUACAGCCCUGGAUACAGGAUUGAUCGGUAACACCGUUGGUGAAUUCAUCAAAAUGAGACUCAACACAAUCUGGUGGAGCACUGGAAAGAUUUGGGAAUUGGUACACUGGUGUUAUGAUAAAUAAAUACAGUUGUUUUAAACGUAAUAGCUCGUAAUUAUCUGAAAAUAAAAUACUCUUUUAAAUUUA